AUGAGCGGGUCAAUCGGUGCAACGGUCACCGAGAAACCAUUCGAUGUGUUAAGAGCAAGAGCUUUUUUGAUGAUCGGAGGCAUCUUCGGCUGGCAUCGACUAUAUUUGAGACAAAUCCCCGAGGCAUUCAUCUACUUCUCGACAUGGGGAGUUUUCCUUCUUGGUGUCUUCUAUGACAGUUUUUUCAUUAACAGUCAAGUGCAAGAGUACAAUGAUCGAAUCGAUGAUGGAAAUCCCGCCGAGGGAAAGGCAUCUGGAAAUGGGAAAACCGUGCGUUUCCUAUUGCCGCAAACGGCUGCUCUUGUGCGAUUCUCGUUCAGCCGCUUUGUCUACUCGAUUUUGUAUGCUUGUUAUCUCGGGAUGUUUGUCGCUGGGACGGGAAAUCUUCUACUCGGCAUCUCGCCAUCCGAACAUUUCCCCCUAAUGACUAUUGUCGCCGGAGCGGUGUCUUUUGGCAUCUUCCUGGUGGGAAACAGUGGCGGACAGAGCCGAAGCGCCGCCCCGAUUUGGAUGUCCACCUUCACGAUACUGACCGUGGCGCUAAAAGUCUUCGAUUUGUCGAUUUGGCGGGCGGUGUUCUCUUCGUCGAUUGCCGGCACACUAAUCGGGAAUCGAGGCGCGAAAAAGAUUUGUCCCAGAGAUCGCUCGUUUCGAUAUAAACACUAUGUGUUCUGGUGCUCCCUGUGGAUGUUCUGUAUCUGUUUAUGCAUUGCCGGCUCGGGUCGGCAAUUUCUCGAGAAACGAGUCACUUUUCACUCGAAUGAAGCCCGCGUCUCGUCGACGUUCGCGAAAUUGCUUUAUGAUAGAUACGAGAACCCGGCGAAAGUCUAUCGUUUCUUCGAAAUGGACUCCCUGUCGAUCAUCUACGAGAAGCCAGCAAUUUCAAAGAGGAAAAUGGCAAACAAAAGUUUACAGUGGCACGACGAUUUGUGGGACUGGUGGGUGGAAUCUGUCUCGCCGACGUGGAUCGAUCAAGCAUUCACUUUCACCAUCGAUCUCUUCAAAGCAGAGGCCCGAGCGAGGAAAGGAAAGCUCGUGCAUGAGCCACUGAAAUGGGCAGCUUGGCGUCUAUAUUUGAGAUGGGUGUUUGACCUUUCCGCCUCAGCCAAAGAUGAGCAAUAUGAAACGGCGUGCGCUGGUUGGAUUCGAAAAGAGAAGCUCUCGAAAAAUGCUGGGAAAUACGAUGUGAAACAAGUGCUGAGUAUUCGACGUGCAUGCGACGUGGCCACGUCA